UUGCAAUCUCCAAAUGUUGGAUUUUAUGUUUGUAGUUGUUUUUAGACUUAAAUAUUUGAAAUGUUUUAUGACUUAUGUGUUGAAAAGUUUGAUUUUAUCAUUGAUGAUGCAUAUAAUUGAUAUUUAUUGUUUAUAUUAGGGGUGAAAAAUAAUUUAAAAGUGAGAAAAUACAAGUAGCUUCACAAAUUCGGUUUUGUGUUAAAAACCGAACUGAAUUAUAAUUCGGUUUAAACCGACCGAACCGAAUUAUAAUUUGGUUCGAAUUCGGUUUGAGAUUUGGGAGAAUUCGGGGACCCGGUAUUCAUAAUUUCGUUCGGUCGAAACCGAAUCGACUUGAAUGCCCACCCCUAAUGAGUGAUGACUCUACUCUCAUACUUUUUUUUGUCACAUAUGAUAUUUUUCUCUCUCUCGUGAAAAUACCUACCGAUUGGUCCUUACCAUAGUUGUCAUGCCAAUUAGUAUGCUCGCAGGUUCAACCGAUGUCGAUAAUAAAAUCGGCUGGAAUACCACAAGCAUGACCCUCUAGUCAAUGUCGAACAAUACCCGAAAUGUUGGUGGUUCAACCAGAAUGAAAAAUUAUGGCCUCAUCAACAAUACGUCGUCGUUUUUCGAAAUGGGUGAGGAUGCACUUAGGGUUUCAAUAGGCGAGCUCCCAUCCCUGAUCCCCAAUCUUCUUCGCUUUGCCACGAGGUCCUGCUCGAGCACCUCUUCCUCCGGUGGCGCCUCGAUUCGUCACUUCCAAAAAACUGUUCCAAUCUCAGGUCGUCUUCCUCCCGGCGCCACUUCCUCCCAGCAUGUCCCUCUGCAAACUAUUUGUAUAUAAUCUUUGCUAAGGGUAGCCAAAAAUAUAUGGUAAUUAGGAGGGUUUGGUUGGGGCAGACCAUUCUUUGUAAAAGGGUAAAGGAGGAAGGGUUGAUUGGCGGUGCUGCUGCGAGCCUACGACGGCAAGUUUCUGGAGCGGUGGCGGAUUGAGGAUAUAUAUUAUGAUUUAUAUUUUUUAUGAAUUUUUUAUACAUAUUUUGUCAAAUCAGAAUAAACCGGUAUGUAUACCGGUUGUAUCACGGUUGAACCAUUUCACUUGUAAAACUGACACACCGGCAUAAACAGGUUUGACAACCUUGGUCCUACAAUAACAUUGACUUGUUGUUGUUUGGACUUGAAAGACUCGGCUAGGGCCCAAAUCCGUUUUCUCAUCCUCAGCAUGUCCAGUCAGCUACCCAAGUCCAAUUCCUUUUCUUCUCAAAGCGUCGAUCGGCUUGGGUCUUGCUUAACAUUUGGCCCAAAGAACAUCGACCGGGAGUAUCACUAGUUAGGGGAGGGUAAAUCCAUUGGACCCAUCAUCUGCCUCAGACCAUCCACAAUACCAUAGUGGAAACAAGUGGUUUGGAACCUCUAAGAUAAAAAAGAAAAAAGUGUGCGUGAGAGAGAGAGAGAGAGAGAAAGGUCAAUGUAGAGAGAGAAUCUAUAUGCCCUCUCUCCUCUGUUUUCGACAAUUAUGAUGAGUUGCGACUUGAAACCUUCCAAAGGGGAGGCAGACCACUAUCUGAAGUCACCAGAUGGAUCGCCCUCAAACUCACAGUCCAACCGAGAAAGAAAUCCAAAGUCAUCUCCACUUAAGGAUGGUAGAGGGAGGUGGAGUAGAAGUAGCAAUUGUCACAAUGCCCUAGGGGAAUAGUUGGAGCUUCCUGCCGGAAAAUUAGCCUCCUUCAACGAUGAAUAUUACAUACGAGGUUAAAGCUUCAUAUAAGGAUUCAUUUUUGAGUAACAAGCCAACACCCCCUAUUAAUUUAGGGGGAUGAAUUGAUGUCUGGCGAAUUUGAUGAGGAACACAACAAUUAUACAUUUUUCACAUGUUUGACCGCAUGAGUUGUGUCAUCGAUUGUUCAUCCUACUUUAUUCAUAUUAUUGCAGAAAUAAUCUUUUUUCUUUCCAUAAAUGACCUUAAACUUGGUCAUUCUACUCAUCCCACCAUUCAACCUUCGUAAAUCUCUACAAACCAAUAGCUCCUUCAACGUGAUGGAUUACCCUAGUAGAGGAACUGAUGAUACGAACGGGAGUAUGAGUGUUAACUUGAGCAUGAACUUGCAUAGAUGUUCGUGAUGUAUGGAGGUUUCAUACAACAACAAAAAGCAACAUCAACCCAUCAUCAUUCAUCAUCAUGAACAAUAAUUAUGUGUAAUAAGGAAGAAACUCAUAUACGUCCAAGGCAAAUUUAUUUCAACCUAUGGUGUCAGGUUCUUUACCAGACGAUAUCGAAUGCUCCCUUCUUAUUCAAAUAAAUAGAUGAGAAUUUGAGUCAUGUCCUAAGUUAGUUUUACGUAUUUUUUAUAUUUUGAUUUAUGUAUUUUUCUAAGUUUGAUUAAUGUAUUUUCCUUAAGGUAGUGCUCUAAUUAGUUACAUUAAUAAUCAAAGAAAUUCACUCAAAAUAAAACAUACAUCAACCAUAAAUUCAAAGUAGUUAAGAAAUACACUAAAAAAUACUAAUUGUGAAGGCAUGCAAAAUCUCAAGGGUUCAAAAGUAUCUAUACUUUGUGGUGGACUCGGAGGAUUUCAUGAUCCUAAACUCUAGUAGUUUAGCCUCACACGAGAUAAGAGGUCAAAAAAGCCUUGUCAGCUCACUCCUCACUCCCUCUCGAUGUUUAGGGAGUGGAACCUUGUGUAUUCAUAUGGUAGUUUAGUAAUAAUAUGUCGAAGUUAAGUUCAUGCUUGUGAUUGUCACUCUUGCUUGACUACCUUGACUAUCCAUGCAUGGGAUGACCAGAAAUUGAGCUUGCACUAUAUUCGAAACUGACCUUGACCCAAUGCAUGGCAUGAUAAGAAUUGUGCAUGCACAGGUAAGCUGAAUAAUAAUUGAUGAUUACUCUAUGACAAACUAAUCGCACAUAGACAAUUAAUUGACCACCAAACGGUGGAUUACUCGAGUUCUUCAUUGAAGUAUGCUACUCAUGAUAUACAAGCAAGUCUAAAGUGCGAUUAAUAGACCUUGGUAUGCUUUUAUACUAUUUGAUCCCUUUUGGUUAAUUUUUGGUGAGUUUCAAGUACAAUUAGGACUUAGAUCAAUUCUGGAAUGUACAAGAAAUAGAGGCCAAGCCUCUGGAUGCAAGAAGACCACGAGGGCCCAUGCGACUGGCUUAUCAGCCAUAACCCAACUACUUAUACCUAUUUUACUAUCAUAUUGAUAUUCUAUGAUAUAUGAUUUUAUAUGUGUAGAAAAAAGACAUGAAAUCAUAAAGCUAUCUCUCGAGAAGCUGAUUUUUUACUGUCACUAUGACUCCACCUCAUACAAGGUAGGGGUGUACAUGAGUUGGGUGGUUCGGGUUUAACCAUUUUAAUCACCCGACCUAUGCACUACGGUUUGAGAAAUAUUAAACCCAAACACACCCAAAAAAAUUUUAACCCUACGGUAUGUUUCUAAUUGGGUUGGGACGGGUCGACUAUAUUUUUAAGUAAAAAUCCAAUCCAACCCAACACAAAAUAUAUAAUUAUUAUACACCACAAAAAAUAUUUUAUAAAUAACUAAAUUUCAAACUAAUAAACCGAGGUGAAAGGUAUAAAAUUUCACAAAUGUUAUUUCAGUUUUAUUAAAAUGUGAUUUACUUCAACAUAUGUCUAGUUUUUUCACGAUAUUUGUUGAAAUAGGCUAAAAAGGUUAUAAGCGAACGCACCCGUAAUAUGUUAUUCUAUUAAAAUUGUACACAAGAAAAAGAAUUACGUGAAUCAUUGCUAUAUUAAAUUUAUGUCUAAACUUUAAGCCGAAGAAUGCAUUAGAUUAGGGAGACCAUGAGAGAAAAACAUGGCGAAAUAUCUUACUUUUCGCAUCAGUAUGGCUAUAUAUGCCAUAAAUAUUUUUGGAUACGAACUCCUACCAAUAGUUGGAACACGGGUUGGGUCGGGUUCUACGGGUUGUGUAAUCCAAAAUCCAAACCCAACCGAAUAUAGGCGGGUUGUACAAAAGAAAACCCUCACUCAACCCAAAACCUUCAUUUUAGCGAUAAAUACGGGUGGGUUGGGUCUGGUUGGACAGGUGGGCCGGUUUACGGGCGUGUUUGUUCACCCCUAGUACAAGGUGGUCCACUAGGAUGCUUUAUCCAAAAUACACAAAAAUUACCCAA